AUGAUGCCACGUGGCUGUUUGCUGUGGCCGUUGCCGUCGCUUUUGCAGCUCCUGCUGCUGAGUGUCUUUGCAGCUGCUAGCGUACAGGCUGAGUACGGUCCAAGAGAUGCAGUGGUGGUCCUCACGGAGAAGAACUUUGAGAAGGAGGUGCUGCAGAGUCCGGAUUAUUGGCUUGUCGAGUUUUAUGCUCCUUGGUGCGGACACUGCAAGAAGCUGGAACCCGAGUUCAAGGCGGCGGCCAAGAAACUAAAGAAACAGGCGCGUUUGGGCGCUGUCGAUGCCACAGUGCACCAGCAACUGGCGCACAAGUACAAGAUCAAGGGGUACCCGACGAUCAAGGAGUUUGGCGCCAAGAAGAAACGUCCACAGGACUAUCGUGGGGGACGCACAGCGCAAGAGAUUGUGCAGUACGUGCAGCACUCCCCCCAGGCGAAGAAGCAAGGGGUUAGCAGCGCCAACGUGGCGACGCUCGAGUUUGAGAACGUGCACGCGUUCUUGAAGGCCGAUCGGCCGUCGGCCAUUUUCUUUGGCAGUCGGAAGAGCAGCAAGAAGAAAACGCCGCCAACGUGGAUGGGCAGCUUGGCGGAGUCGUUCAUGGAAGGCACGAAGAAGAAACGAAGCUCCAAGGUGCAACUGGCAUACGUGCCCGGCUCAGAUGGCCACAUUGCCGAGUUCUUUGGGCUGGACGAAGACCAGCUUCCUACCAUCAUCUACGUGUACCCGGUCAGUCAGAAGUACGCGGUGUUGGACGGGGGUAUUGUGAACGAAGCUGUCGCCAAGACGUUUAUCAAUGACGCGUUGGCAAACACCGAGGAGGCCGAGCAGGACGAGUUGCUACCUAUCGUGCCUCUGUUCCCGUUGCCUGCAAUGGCAAAGAAGAAACCCGUGGUCGCAUUGGAGGAACUGAAUGUGGAUGCUAUUCGUGAUUGUGUGGCCAAGCAGAACAAGAUGUGCGUUGUGGUGGCCAAGGAAGACACAAAGUUGGUGCGCUCGCUAGCGAAGAAGUACCGCCGCGACCCGUUUGUCUUCUUGGCCAGUAAGCCGGACGCGCCGGUGUUCCAAGCUCUGACUGAUUUCGUUGGCGAGACUGCUGACGUGGUUGUCAUGAGGUCCGGUCGGAAGAUGAAGUACUCGGCCCUCUCCGGUCCAAGCGAUGAGCGUGCUAUCUCAGAGUUCCUAGACAAGCUCAUUGAUGGCACGACUCCGCUCUCGGUGGUCGCCGGUGACAUGCAAACUUUUGCCGCGGCGGUCACUGGCGCGUCGGUCCAACACGAAGAACUGUAG